AUGGAGAGUGGUGAUCAUUAUAGAGCCGGCAAUAGUCUCCAAUUAGGCAGUUCUUUGAGAUGGAGGAACAAUGGUGUGGAAGCUUUCUCAAGGUCUCUGUGUGACGAAGACGAAGAAGAAGCUCUUAAAUGGGCAGCACUUGAGAAGCUUCCUACUUAUAAUCGUAUGAAGAAAGGCAUACUCAUUAUGCCCGCUGGCGAAGCAAGUGAAAUUGACAUACCAAAUCUUGGUUUUCAAGAAAGAAAAGAAUUGAUUGGGAGGUUUCUGAAAGGUUCUGAAGAGGACAAUGAGAGGUUCUUGUUGAAGAUCAAAAACCGUAUCGAUAGAGUAGGAAUUGAUCUUCCAACAAUUGAAGUUCGAUUUGAGAAUCUAAAUGUAGAAGCAGAAGCUUAUGUAGGAAGCAGAGCUUUGCCUACACUCCUUAACUUCAUCGUUAACAUACUCGAGGGCUUCUUGAAUGGUCUCCAUAUUCUUUCAAGUAGAAAGACGCAUUUGUCUAUCCUCCACAAUGUUAGCGGAAUCAUAAAGCCUAGCAGAAUGACAUUGCUAUUGGGUCCUCCAAGUUCUGGCAAGACCACACUCUUACAGGCUUUAGCUGGAAAGCUCGAUCUAGAUCUAAAGCUUUCUGGAAGGGUGACUUAUAAUGGCCAUGAAAUGAAUGAAUUUCUACCCCAAAAAACUGCUGCCUACAUCAGUCAACAUGAUCUACACAUUGGAGAAAUGACUGUAAGGGAAACCUUGGCCUUUUCUGCAAGAUGCCAGGGGGUUGGGACGCGCUAUGAUAUGCUUGCAGAGCUGUCCAGAAGAGAGAAAGCUGCUAAUAUCAAGCCUGAUCCAGACAUUGAUGUCUUCAUGAAGGCAAUAGCCACAGAAGGACAGGAGGUGAAUGUAGUGACAGAUUACAUUCUAAAGAUUCUGGGACUGGAAGUCUGUGCUGAUACCAAAGUAGGGAAUGACAUGUUAAGAGGUAUCUCAGGAGGACAAAGAAAACGUGUUACAACGGGGGAGAUGCUUGUUGGACCUGCAAAGGUACUGUUCAUGGAUGAGAUAUCUACUGGUUUGGACAGCUCGACAACAUUUCAAAUUGUGAAUUCAAUCAAGCAAUACAUUCACAUUCUUAAUGGAACGGCUGUCAUCACACUCCUCCAGCCAGCACCAGAGACUUAUGAGCUUUUUGAUGAUAUUAUCCUCCUCUCGGAUGGCCAGAUUGUGUACGAGGGUCCUCUUGAACAUGUGCUUGAGUUUUUUGAAUCUAUGGGCUUUAAAUGUCCUGAGAGGAAAGGCAUUGCUGACUUCCUACAAGAGGUGACAUCAAGUAAAGAUCAGGAACAGUAUUGGGCAUGCAAAGAUGAACCAUAUAGUUUCGUUACAGUCAAGGAAUUUUCUGAAGCAUUCCAAUCAUUCCAUGUGGGACAGAAACUUAGAGAUGAACUGUCAAUUCCAUUUGACAAGAGAAAAAACCACCCAGCAGCUUUGACAACCAAAGAAUAUGGUCUUAAAAUGGGAGAACUGGUGAAAGUUUGCUUCUCAAGAGAAUAUUUGCUAAUAAAGAGGAAUUCCUUUGUCUACAUCUUCAAGCUGGCACAACUGACACUUAUGGCUCUGAUUACGAUGACACUCUUCCUACGAACUGAGAUGCCCCGUGGUUCAGUAGAUGAUGGAGGAGUUUAUAUGGGUGCUUUGUUCUCCAUAGUGGUCAGGAUUAUGUUUAAUGGGAUGCCAGAGCUUGCAAUGACCAUUCUCAAGCUUCCCAUCUUUUACAAGCAAAGGGACCUCUUCUUCUAUCCUGCAUGGGCGUAUGCUCUUCCAACAUGGAUUCUCAAGAUCCCUAUGACAUUUGUAGAAAUAGCAGUUUGGGUGUUUAUUACAUAUUAUGUGAUUGGAUUCGACCCUAAUAUUGAACGGUUUCUUAGGCAAUAUCUACUGCUGCUACUUGUUAACCAGAUGGCUUCUGCGUUAUUCCGUUUAAUUGCAGCAAUGUGUAGGAAUUUGAUUGUUGCGAACACGGUGGGGUCAUUCUCGUUGCUCACACUUUCUACGUUGGGAGGCUUCGUGCUUUCUAGAGAUGAUGUUAAAAAGUGGUGGGUUUGGGGUUACUGGAUUUCGCCUAUGAUGUACGCUCAAAAUGCAAUAGCAGUUAAUGAGUUACUUGGUGAAAGUUGGAGACAUGUACUUCCAAACUCAACAGUAUCUCUGGGAAUUGAAGUUUUAAAGUCCCGCGGGUUCUUUCCUCAUGCAUGCUGGUAUUGGAUAGGUGUUGGGGCAAUGACUGGAUUUGUAUUACUAUUCAAUAUUUGUUACAUUGUAGCUCUCUCCAAGCUAAAUCCACUUGCGAAACCUCAGGUUGUAAAAUUAGAAGAUCAAAGCAAUGAACAUGAUGGCAGAAUAGAGAGAACUAGUCAAUUACCGCGCAGUCAAAAUAGCUCAAGUCAACGAACCAAGACAGACAGUAAAGAUGAAAGUGCAAAAGAAAUUGCAGUUGAGUCUGUUCGUAACGGGAGGAGAGGGAUGGUUCUUCCAUUUGAACAACAUUCCAUCACAUUCAAUGAAAUUACAUACUCAGUUGACAUGCCACAGGAAAUGAAGAUCCAAGGUGUCCUAGAGGACAAAUUAAUGCUUCUGAAGGGUGUGAGUGGUGCUUUCAGGCCAGGUGUUUUGACAGCUCUGAUGGGAGUGAGUGGUGCUGGUAAAACCACUCUCAUGGAUGUACUGGCGGGUAGGAAAACUGGUGGAUAUAUUGAAGGGGACAUCAAAAUUUCGGGCUACCCCAAGAAGCAAGAAACCUUUGCCCGGAUUUCUGGAUACUGUGAGCAAAAUGACAUCCACUCCCCUCAUGUUACUGUCUAUGAGUCAUUGCUUUACUCAGCAUGGCUUCGUUUGCCACCUGAAGUCGAGUCUGAAACCAGAAAGAUGUUCAUUGAGGAAGUGAUGGAACUUGUGGAACUGACACGGUUGAGGCAAGCGCUUGUUGGGUUGCCUGGUGUGAGUGGUCUCUCAACUGAGCAGCGCAAGAGGCUAACCAUUGGAGUUGAGCUAGUAGCAAACCCCUCGAUAAUAUUCAUGGAUGAGCCAACUUCAGGGUUAGAUGCAAGAGCUGCUGCAAUCGUCAUGAGAACAGUUAGGAACACCGUGGAUACUGGAAGAACAGUUGUUUGCACCAUCCACCAGCCCAGCAUUGACAUAUUUGAAGCUUUUGAUGAGCUACUCCUACUGAAGCGCGGAGGAGAAGAAAUAUUUGUUGGGCCAUUGGGUCACCAUUCUUGCCAUCUAAUCAAGUAUUUUGAGGGAAUUGAAGGAGUAAGUAAAAUAAAAGAUGGUUAUAACCCAGCAACUUGGAUGUUGGAACUUACAACCUCAGCAGAAGAACUAGCUUUGGGGAUUGAUUUUGCCCAAGUUUACAAAAAUUCAAAACUAUUCAGGACAAACAAGAAACUUGUUAAAGACUUUAGCAAACCUGCACCUUCUUCAAAGGACCUCCAUUUUCCCACUCAAUAUUCGCAAUCAUUUCUCACCCAAUCCAUGGUUUGCUUAUGGAAACAACAUUGGUCCUAUUGGCGCAACCCGUUAUACACUGCAGUAAGACUUCUCUUUACAACUUUCAUGGCGUUGCUGUUGGGGACAAUGUUCUGGAACCUCGGCUCCCAAAUGAAAAGGCAACAAGAUCUGUUCAAUGCAAUGGGCUCCAUGUACAUUGCUGUUUUCUUCCUUGGGGUCCAAAAUGCUACAUCAGUGCAGCCUGUAGUUGCUAUUGAAAGAACAGUCUUCUACAGAGAAAAGGCUGCAGGGAUGUAUUCAGCCUUGGCAUAUGCAUUGGCACAGGUUUUGAUUGAGCUCCCAUAUAUUUUAGUACAAACUGUGGUCUAUGGAGUCAUAAUUUAUAAGAUGAUCGGGUUUGAGUUGACUCUUGUCAAAUUCUUUUGGUAUCUAUUCUUUAUGUACUUCACAUUGUUGUACUUCACAUUUUCUGGUAUGAUGAUUGUGGCUGUGUCACCAAAUCAUCACAUUGCUUCUAUUGUGACCUAUGCAUCUUAUGGACUGUGGAACCUCUUUUCAGGAUUCAUUGUCCCACGACCGAGGAUUCCUAUAUGGUGGAGAUGGUACUACUGGGCAUGUCCUGUGGCUUGGACCUUGUAUGGGUUGGUUGCUUCUCAGUUUGGAGACUUAAAUGAUACGAUCGACAAUGGACAGACAGUCAAACAAUUUUUGGGUGAUUACUUUGGUUUCAGACAUGAUUUUGUGGGAGUAGUUGCAGCAGGGCAUGUAGGGUUUACAGUGCUCUUUGGAUUCAUCUUUUCCGUUUCGGUUAUGGCGUUUAAUUUCCAAACACGAUAG